AUGUCUCCAGCGACGAAAACGAAAACAACUCAUUUAGAACCACCCGAAUUCCUGAAAAAUCAUACACAAUGCAGAGUUUGCCACGUCAUACAUAAACCUAUUGAAGGGAUCGAGUGCGACAAUAACAAUAAUAAUAUAGAAACCACAGAGGCGCUAGUAAAUGAGCAAUACGGCUCCGAUAAACCGUUAAGGAUACCGGAAUUCUCCUGGCUCCGACAAUGGGAGCAACGGAUGGGAUUCGAAACGGAACUUAUCUGGUUGAACAUUAUAUCCAUAUCCGUGUUACAUAUCAUCACUGUUGUAUGGUCCGCUUACAAUUUAAUGACCGGUCACUUCCCGAAGUGGCAAAGUGCAGUUUAUGGUUACUUCGUAGGCAACGUGGCCGGGUUCGGCGUGACGGCCGGCGUGCACCGAUAUUGGUGUCAUCGCUCCUACAAAGCCACGCUGCCACUGCAGUGGAUCCUCGUUAUAUGUUACUCUGUUGCCGGACAGAACCCCAUCCCCGACUGGGUGCGCGACCACCGCGUGCACCACAAGUUCUCAGAGACGUCGGCGGACCCGCACGACGCGCGACGCGGGUUCUUCUUCGCGCACGUCGGCUGGCUCAUGAUGAGGAAGCACCCGGACGUCGUGCGCGAGGGCCGCAAGAUCGACAUGACUGACGUCACCCAAGACCCGCUUGUGCAGUUUCAUACGAAACACUUCAAACUGUUUAAGACAGCAUUCUGCUUCGUACUGCCGACGCUGGUGCCCGUGUGGGGCUGGGCCGAGAGCUGGGAGUACGCGAUACUCUCGCAGGUUUUCCUGCGUUACCUCAUGAGCCUGAACUUCACGUGGGCGGUUAACAGCUUCGCGCACCUGUGGGGCAAUAAGCCUUACGAUCCGAAUAUCACGCCAGUUGAAAACUGGGGCGUGUCAGCGGUCGCGCUGGGCGAGGGCUGGCACAACUACCACCACACGUUCCCGUGGGACUACAAGGCCGCCGAGCUGGCCUACACCCUCAACCUCACCACGCUGCUGCUCGACGGCUUCGCGAAGAUCGGAUGGGCGCACAACCUUAAACAAGCUUCGCCACAACUUAUAAAAGCAGUGGUCGAGAGAAAACACAAACACUAA